AUGGCCAUUUUAGAUGUCUUGGUCAGCCUUCUCCAACAGCUCGGGCCCCAUGAAUGGCGUACUCUAUUUUGUCCUCAGGUCUCUGAAAAACAUGUCAGCCAAUCUAUCAAUCUGACUAAUUCUUGCUCUAUCACCACCAUUUCGUCUCAGAUACCAAAGAACUCUUGCCUUGAUGAAUUUGGAGGCUUUCAUUCGACUUAUGAAACCGAUGUACAUAGUAAAGUUUCCGCCAAUGAGACUACAAAUCACAAUCAGGCCAGUGAAAUGGGCAAGACAAUUAGUGGUCGGAUGGAUGAGGAUAUAGAGAACGAACCCACGCAAUUAAGAAAGGAUGAACUACCUAUUUUGGCAGACUCCUCUCCUCAGCAUUGCUACGUGGCCAACAGUUCCCCAAGCUCUGGUUCAUUAGCGAUCUGCUCCUGCUUGAUUUGCUCUGGUCUCAGUCUUGUUGGAACCUUUGACUUCUUGAACGAACUUAUUACUCUUUUCACAGCAGUGCACCUCUAUCCGCCUUAUCCUGCCCCACCCGCCUGGCAUGCAGGCAGCAGCGAUACAAUUUCUGGAAUCGACCAGUGA